AUGGCAGGACUAGAACCUUGUGUUUUCCUUGCAAAAGGGGCACAAGUAAUGCUUACUAUGAAUUUGUGGACAGAUGUUGGGCUUUGCAAUGGUGCAACUGGAACUGCUAUAGACUUCAUUUAUGCAGACAAUCACCAGCCUCCUGACUUGCCUCAGGCGGUUAUUGUGAAAUUUGACAACUACAAAGGCCCAUCAAUUAGCAAGUCCAUUCCAUCAUGCGUUCCUAUAGGCCUCAAUGUCUUGAUGGAAUGCAUGAGCGACAACAACUGCCGUUAAAACUGGCUUGGGCAAUAACAAUACACAAGAGCCAAGGUCUAACACUACCAAAAGUAUGGAUUGACAUUGGUCAAACUGAAAAAACUGCAGGCAUUUCAUAUGUGGCAAUUAGCCGAGUUAAAACACUCCGUUCUUGCAUUAUUGAACCAAUGACCUUUGAAAGGCUUAAAGGUCUUAGAAAGUCAGCCAAUUUAAAAUAUAGACUUGAAGAAGAAAAGAGACUUGAUGAACUUGCACAAGAUACAUGCAGAAAUUUAAUUAAAAAAUAGAAUUUUUCAAAUAAAUCCUCAAAGAAAUUCAUGUUUACUUUUGCACUGUUUUACAUGUACAUAUUACUGGAAUAGAAGACAUUGCAAACGAAAUUUGUAAAAUAAUGAUAAAAAAAAUUUUAAGCAAUAACCAUAAUCUUUUCUUUUAUCAGGAAAAGACCACCAAAAGCCACCUUCCAAGAUGAAUGACGAGACACAAUUGAAAUGUAAGUAGGUUCAUUAAAUUAUACUUUGAUCAAAAAGCUCUUUAUUAUUAUUUUUUUGAUUUAUUCACUGCAAUACAAAACAGUUAAUCCCAAAACUAAAGGAAGCAAAUGGAGAGCUUAUAAUUAAAGAAAGGUUUUAUAAUUUUCGUUCUUGGAGAAGACAGAGCCUUCUGUGAUAUGUAUGUGAAUAUAAACAAUUUGGUUGGUGCAACUGAGACGUAAAUUUCCCAUUGUGUUAAGAUACAUGGCAUAAUUAGUUCAAUCAGGUGUCAGUGCGAGAUAAAGUUAGUGGUGGUUCAAGACCAUUCCAGUAAGAAUUUAUAUGAUAACCAGUGCUAUGCCAUGACUACAGCUGUAUAUUGCAUUCACAUUCGACAUAUUAACAUUCCAUAAAACACGCCUACACUUGCAUUAUAUGACAUAUCCACUGACUUUUCCUGUUUUGUAGCUUCUCAGAGCUCUGAAGUACAAGAAAUCUUGGGCUACAUCCAAACCAUAUCUCCUGUGAAGAAGGCCACGUUCUCCCCAACCAAAUAUUCAAAGAAGUGACAGAGUGGUUAGGUCAGUCUGUUUCAACCCAGCAAAGAGACCCCUGCUAGAAAAGUACCAGAAAGGAAGAACAGCUGUCAGACUCCACAAAAUAACAUCUUCCAUCAAGGAUGACAUCGAAAGCAUCAUCAUCCAAAACAACACAACUGUACAACCUGUGGUGGUACCAUUUCUCUACAAAUAUGCUGCAACAUCAUCUUCCUUACCAAGUCUCUCAUCUUUACAAGAAGUAUCAAAAGAGCAAUUGGUUGACGUAAAGGCAAAGGUAUCCAGCAUCACUGCGGUUAAAACGAUUAACAGUCGUUAUGGCUACGCUCUACAAAGACAAGAAGUCAUUCUGGUUGACCACACCACCUCGAUAAAACUCAUACUCUGGCAGGAACAUUGUAACAAACUAGAAGAUCAGAAGACCUAUGCCUUACAGAAUCUAGGACUCAAAGAGUCCAAUGGAUCGCGAUAUCUCAACACCCCAAAGUCAGAGCAGUUUCUUUUCAAAGAGAUCCCAUCUUUCACACAAGACUUGGCACAAGUCACAACAGAAAUAGAAUCACUCACACAGAGGAAAGUGUCAGGUAAAAUAAUUGGUGUCCAACACGCCUCAAAAAGUCUUUCCUGCACGUCAUGCAAAAAGAAGGUUACAGUGAAAUCGAAUGGAAAGAUCGCAAAUUGUCAGUCCUGC